CUUCAUCUCCUCCAGCGGCAAUCAAACAGCAUGUAAGUUUUUUAUUUGUUUUUCUUAAAUAGGAAGUAAUGACGAUGUGUUUUAAUGCUAAUUGGUUUUAUAAUAAUUUGAUUGUUAUGGAAAAAUAAUUAAUAGUCUCUAAAGAAUUUGGAAAUCGUUGCAGUUUUUUCAGUGUAGAUACAAUUAGUGAAAAUAAAAUAUCAGCUAAAAAUAUUAAUGGGUAGAUGAAGACUCGUGCAGGUGUAAGUCAAUCCGCACUGCGACACAGACAAAACUUUCAUCUCUCUCUCUCUCUCUCUCUCUCUCUGUGUGGGUGCGGCUCGACCUGAUUUUGCCAAGUGGUUGCUGUCCUCAGGGGAACACAUUUUGUUGACCUAAGGACUACAUUUUUAUAAAUAAACCUAAACCCACACCAAAGCCCAACCUUGACCAUAACUUACUUCUGAAAUCAGAAGAAAUGAUAAGUGAAAAACAAUGGCCUAGAAGCACCUAAUCCUGGUUGUAAGAUUACAUUUAAAAUAGCUGUAAACUUAUGUCUAAAAUCUGAUUGGUUGAUUUAAAUGAGAGUCAACAUAAAUACAUUAACCACUCGGCAAAACCAGGAGAUCCGUGCGUGUGCGCGCGCCUUAAACACCGCAGAAUCUGAAGCAUACUCGGUCGCUUCAUUCGCGCGUCAAAUCAUGAUUCUAGUGUCCUGUGUAACGGUGCUGAUGCUGUCCGGUCUGACUCACAGCAGUGUCGGCCCCAGUAAUUCAUCCAGCAGUUACUGCACAGAAUCCACAGAAUGUCUUCAAUUUGAUCUGAUCUGCAAGACGGAUCAGUAUGAAGUGCGUCAUUACUCGUCCACGCGGUGGGUCUCUACAGACGCUGAGGCGUAUUUCCUCGGGGUGGGCGCGGCUAUGGCCUUCAGACGUCUCUAUCAUUAUAUAUCUGGAGAGAAUAAAGAAGGUGUAAAGUUUGAAAUGACCGCUCCUGUACUCGUCAAAGUCCCUGAAGAAACAAAGAUGUGGGAACCGGCCAUUUACACGCUCAGCUUCCUGCUUCCAUCGGCCUAUCAGGAGAAGCCGCCCACUCCCACCAAUGACAAGCUGUAUUUCUCAGACAUGCCCGACAUGGACGUAUAUGUGAGGAUUUAUGGCGGCUGGAUGCUGUCAAUCAUCUCUCGACUUCACGCCCACCUGCUGACCAAAGCACUGCUCAAAACCGACGCCCACUUCAACCACACACACCACUACGCUGUGGGUUAUGACAGUCCUCUGAAGUUGUUGAACAGGCACAAUGAAGUUUGGUUUGUGGUAGAAGGAGAUCCAGUUUGUGAAGCAGAUCACACACAGAACUCUACUGACACACACUAAACAGGCGGGAGAAAGUUCUUGGUAACCUUCAGUGUCUUGGGUUAAAUCUACAUAGAAAUGAUGUUACUGAUGAUUAUGAUUAUAAUAAUGAUAAUGCUCAGCUGGAAUGCAAUAUAAAAAUCUGCCAAAAGCAUAAA